AUGUCUAAUUAUACUCCUCUAGAUCCCAGACGGAAUGAGAAUGUUGGUGCUGUUGCAACCGUGUUGUGUUGUAACUGUGGUGUUCCCAUGGACGGCUCACAGGGACUUGUAAUGUGCUAUGACUGUAUCAAGUUAAAUGUCGAUAUUACCGAAGGAAUACCGAGGGAGGCGAAUGUUUCAUUUUGCAGAAAUUGCGAGAGGUUUUUACAGCCCCCCGGUCAGUGGAUAAGAGCGCAGUUGGAAUCAAGAGAGCUUUUGGCGUUGUGUCUUAGGAGACUCAAGGGGUUAAACAAGGUGAGAUUGGUUGACGCUUCAUUUAUCUGGACAGAGCCUCACUCGCGGAGAAUUCGAGUCAAGCUAACGGUACAAGGAGAAGCCAUGACCAAUACUAUUGUCCAGCAAACUUUUGAAGUCGAGUACGUUGUUAUUGCAAUGCAAUGUCCAGAUUGUGCAAAAUCCUACACCACAAACACUUGGAGAGCAACAGUUCAGAUUAGACAGAAAGUGCAUCACAAGAGAACAUUUUUGUAUUUGGAGCAAUUGAUAUUGAAACACAAUGCACAUAUGGAUACUGUAUCAAUACAGGAGACUAAAGAUGGGUUGGAUUUUUUUUAUGCCCAGAAAAAUCAUGCAGCAAAAAUGGUUGAUUUCUUGACAUCGGUGGCCCCCGUCAAGGUGAAGAAAUCAGAAGAAUUAGUCAGCACUGAUAUACACUCGGGAUCUUCAAGUUAUAAGUUUUCCUAUUCCGUUGAAAUUGCUCCAAUUUGUCGUGAUGAUUUAGUGGUUUUGCCCAAAAAGUUGGCCCAUUCUAUGGGAAACAUUUCACGACUUGUUUUAUGUAACAAAGUGAAUAAUGCUAUUCAAUUUAUCGAUCAGAAUACUUUACAAACGGCAGAUUUAUCAUCACAGGUAUAUUGGAGGUCUCCAUUUCCAUCGUUAUUGGACGCAACACAGUUGAUCGAGUUUGUAGUAUUGGACGUGGAACCAACCGGUGAUGUUAAGGGUAAAUAUGUACUUGCAGACAUUGAGGUGAGCCGAGCCAGUGAUAUGGGCAGUAACGAUCAAACGUUUUACGUUAGAAGUCAUUUGGGAGCUAUUUUACAUCCUGGUGAUUCGUGUCUCGGGUACUUUUUAGGCAACACAAAUUUCAACUCAGAGCUCUGGGAUACAUUGGAUACAGACAAUACUUGCGAGGUAGUGCUAGUCAAGAAACAUUAUGCUAGAAAGUCCAAGAAGGCCAAAAAUAGAAAAUGGAGAUUGAAGAGAAUGGCAAAGGAACAUAAUGAUAUUGUUGCCAAUGAUGAUUCAAGGCAAGCAAGACAAGAACAAGAGAGAGUAGAAAGAGACUAUGAACUAUUUUUGCAGGAGUUGGAAGAGGAUGAAGAGUUGAGACAAACAAUUAAUAUGUAUAAAGCAAAAGACCAAAUCGGUAUAAACGACGGCGACAUCGACAAUGACGAAGCCGCCGCCGACGACGAUGAGGACGACGCUCCGACUAUAGAAAUUGAUGAGUUGCUUGAUGAAUUAGAUGAAAUGACUUUGAAAGAUACACAUAUGGAUGGUUAG